AUCAACCUCCUCUUCCUCCUCCGCCUCCCCCCUUUUCUUGGGUUUUGCUUGCAUUUCUCCCAUGGCGCCGACUUCCGCCCUACUCCCCCACACCCCCUUUACUACACUCCUCGCUUAUCCACCAAAUUGAAUUCGUUCUUGCUUUUAAUUAGCAAUUCAUCUUCUCCACAAUCUUUCUUCUGAAAUUUUUGUUGAUUGGGUUCUGUUUUGUUUAGAUGCUACAGAUUUUCGGAGACGGAUCCAAUAUAGAUGCUCUCAGUAUCCGAAGGACUUAUAUUUUCAAGGAGUAUCUAGCGAAUCCUACCGGUUCCCCCCAAUAUGAAACAUCCGGUCCGUCCUCUCCUCAGCAUUCUCCUGCUAAUUGCAGUCACAGCAACCUUCAGCUCCCGGAUUACAGUUCGCCGGAGCACAAUCUUCAGUCCGAAGCCUCAGCUACGGAUCCAGUCACUCCCGCCGCCCGUCUUCAACUCUACCCUGCUCAAAUUUGCAGCUAUCCAAUUGGGGGAAGAGGAUUCCAAGCAAGAAAUUGAGCAGCUACUGCAAGGAAACUUUUCAACUCAGCUGAAGUACAGGAGUUUCUUUACGUGGUGGAGAAGGUCCAACUCCGAUCACCGUGAAAAGGGAGCGAGGACCUCUACAGGAUCACCGGAAAAUCUCAAGUCCUCAGAGUUUAAUCAAGACUGGUUAGAUUUUAGGAGGAACUUGCACGAUUGGGCGAGAAACAAGAUGUUUCAACCGGAUGUUAUGCUGGAUUUGGUUAGAUUAGUGAAGCAUCGUAUUGAUGGCCACAAUGGUUUGUUUAGUUCUGAUAAAAAAUACAAGUCUUGUGCGGUUGUGGGAAACAGUGGAAUCUUGUUGAAUAGCAACUAUGGGGAGUUGAUUGAUAGUCAUGAGGUGGUGAUCAGAUUAAACAAUGCUUGGAUUCGUUCGUAUGAGCACAAAGUGGGAUCGAAGAUAAGUAUUUCGUUUGUUAACAGCAAUAUAUUUCACCUUUGUUCUAGGAGUCGAGAGUGUUUUUGCCAUCCUUAUGGUGCAGAGGUGCCCAUCAUCAUGUAUAUUUGUCAGCCUAUCCAUUUCUUGGAUUAUACGGUCUGCAAUUCGUAUUACAAGGCACCUCUGCUGAUCACAGAUUCACGCUUUGACGUGCUGUGUGCUCAGAUUGUGAAGUAUUACUCGGCGAAGAGGUUUGUGGAGGAGACAGGGAAGCCAUUGGAGGAAUGGGACUCUACCCAUGAAGGUGUUAUGUUUCACUAUUCCUCUGGAAUGCAGGCUAUAAUGCUUGCUUUGGGAAUAUGUGACAGUGUUGGUGUAUUUGGCUUUGGGAAAUCACCUUCUGCAAGGCACCAUUACCAUAGUAGCCAGAAGGCUGAGCUUACACUACACGACUAUGAGGCAGAGUAUGCAUUCUAUCACGAUUUGGUGGAGAAUCCUCAGGCAAUACCCUUCAUCUCAGACAAAUUCAGGUUCCCUCCUGUUGUAAUUUAUCAAUAAUUUUUGGCUUGCUGGUCAACAAACAUUUUUGUUUCUGUUUGUCAAAAGUUUUAACAAGUUAGUAUUCAUCUUGUAUUGGUAGUCUUCCACUACAGAGACAAAAACAAAUACGAUUACUGAAGAUAUCUUUUUUCUCUUCUGCCCUGUACCAUCAAAGGUAGUUUGGGGUAAUAAUACAAAAUGUAAAGUUGGAAACACACAGUGCCAAUUAAAAGUUUGGAUUUUCAUUUUCAAAUCCGCUCAUGAGAAAACUCUUGUAGUUCUUUCAGUUAGGAAUGCUUAUUCAGUCAGAAGUUCUUAGCUGUGUGCUAACUUAUACCAGCUUUUGUGUAAUAUACCAGACAACAUAAG